AUGAGUACUUCAGCUAGUUUCAUACACUUUCAUUUUUUUAAAAUCUGUUAUUUAAUAAUUUCUUUUUCUUCUGUUGCAGUAUCUGACAGCUCCAAGCAGUCAUAUCUCAAAUGCCUGGUAUGUGGGGACAAGUCUUCAGGCAUCCACUAUGGAGUGUUAGCGUGUGAAGGAUGUAAAGGAUUCUUCCGUCGAGCUUUACAAGAUAUUGGAGACCCAACAAGGAAAAAAUGUUUCUAUAACAAAAAUUGUGAAAUAUCUGUACAAACAAGGAACCGGUGUCAGUAUUGCCGCUUACAAAAAUGUUUGGCACUUGGUAUGUCAAGGACAGCGGCAAAACUUGGCCGUCGUUCCCGGAAAAUGAGGGAAAUGAUAAAAACAAUUGAGGAUACCCAGACUCAGCAGGCACUGCAUGGUUUAUUGAGUUUGCAGUCAGAGAUGACCUCUGAAAUGCUGCCCACAUUUGUCCAGGCUCCUAGCCCCAGCAACUCGGACAUGUCUCCACUGGUUUCUCCCAGUCCAGCUGUCACUUCUUCCAUAUCGAUGGACUCAGAAUCAAAUUCUGUUAACAGGUCAUCAGUUACUGCACUAUCACUGCUCCUAAAGAAUCGGGCACUCAAUACCUGUGUACCAAAGAUGGAGUUGGGUAGUUGCAAGUUGCCCGUCAAUGGAGACAACUCACACAUCACAAACAUAUCGGAUGCUGAAUCUGAUGACAGUUCUAAAGCCCCCGAGCAAGCAGAUGACACGACCUAUCCCAAAUCUAUUGCAGUUGAGCGGUCCCAUCUGUCUCACCCUACGGCCGCUCACAAACCAACAAUCGUACCCUCUAUUGUUGGAUCCAUUUUAAGCAUCCCUUCGAGUGUCGCAUUUCCUGUGCAACAAUCUCCGUAUGCCCUAAAACACAGCACAGACAUGCGAACUGCAUCCCAUACAGUCACCACAGUUUCUCCAUCAGGACCCCGUUUUCAGAACUCAUAUGUGAAUCGAAGCCCCUCGGUCCAAAUUAUGAACCCGGUGAGUACCACUUCCGUUGGUAUUAACAAAACUGUUGACCGAGGUCUGUCCACAACGGUGAGCACUCAGACGGCUGUACAGCCGUCGGUCAUCGUGGCCAACACGUCGUUAGAUCUACGCAAGACGCUUAAGCAGGACAAACCGGUGAAUCGAAGUCCUAUAAAGAAACGACCAUACAUGGUGUCUGAACAAGAUGAUAACACCAGCAGUUUGCAGCCCAGCAAGCCAAUCAAACAAGAAGUGAAAGAAACAGAAAACAGUUUGAAUGCCCCCAGCCCACAACCAACACUCUCUCCAGAACCAGUGAACCUGUCCUGUAAUGUGAGUCCGCCAACUGCAUGGCACCGAAUGGAACAACAGACACCUGAUACAACGUCUCCGAGCCUGACUGUGGUGAAACAGGAAAGGCUUAGUUACCGGCCAUCGGCCGAACCCAUGUUGAUGGUACCCUCAGUGUUGCAUGAUGUUGGAGGUGGGGGAGGAGGAGGAGGGAGUACCAGCAGCGGAGGUCAUCAUUUGAACAACUUACGUCGAAGCGAGGAUGACACCAUUCCGAGCAUGACUCUGAUCAUUGACGAAGCCUUCAACAACAGCUUUGGCAGUCAGGAAGCCCGACUAUCGGCCAUACAAUACCAGGGCAUGAAGCCAGCCAAAAUUAUGGACAGUAUUAUUGGCAAACUUAUCAAUGAUCAGAUGCCAAAUGGUCCACCACUGUCGUCUCGAUCUGACAAAUUAGGGGAGCUUUGCUGGCAAAGUUUUCAACACCGUUUAAAUAAAACAAUUCAGGAUGUGAUAGUGUUUGCCAAAAAAAUCCCAGGAUUCACAUCUUUAGAACAAGACAGCCAAAUCAAACUGAUUAAAGGUGGCUGUUUUGAGAUUGCUUGUGUCGUGCAUUCCAACCUGGUGGACGGGGAUUCCAACACAAUGAUUGCUUCAGACGCUGGACUUCUGGUCAGCCGUGAUGAGAUGAAGGCUGGAUUCCCUCUCGGGGAGCAUUUUGUUGACCUCCUCUUCAACUUUUGUACCCGUUUUAAUGCCUUCAACUUACGUGACAUAGAAACUGCAUUAUUUAGUUCUCUGGUGCUUAUAUCCCCAGAUCGCCAUGGCCUUGAACGUAGUGAUAAGAUAAAUCGAUUGCAGGAGCUACUGAUUCAAGCUCUGCAGCAAGAGAUCCAUGCAGCCCACCCAGAAGAAGUGGGACUUUUCCCUCGCUUGCUAAUGAGUAUCUCUAGCUUGAGAGAAUUAGGCGUUGAGCAUCGCAAAAUGCUCGAGUCACUCAAAGGACAGAUUCGCUUUCAACAUGAUCUAUAUGCAGAAACUUUUGACUUGAUCACCUAG